GUUCUCCUCCCUGGAUCCUGCUCCAGACACUUUAAAUCCAGGAGAGAAAAAUGUGUCCAGCCUGCCUAGAGAAGAGCAUUUGCUUCUAGCCAAGAUCUCAUCACAAACAGCUAUUCAUUUGCCAGUUUCCCAGAGUAAUGUGGGUCAUGGAAGCAGGCCAUCUCAUCUGGGCUCUGUUGUUGAUGCAAACUUUGUGGCCCCAUCUGACUGAAGGGGCCACUAGAGUCUACUACUUGGGCAUCCAGGACGUGCAGUGGAACUAUGCUCCCAAGGGAAGGAACGUCAUCAUGAACCAGACUCUGGACAAUGACACAGUAGCUUCCAGCUUCCUAAAAUCUGACAAGAACCGGAUAGGGAGCAGUUACAAGAAAACCAUUUAUAAGGAAUACAGAGAUGGUUCAUACAUGGAUGAAAUGGUCCAGCCUGCUUGGUUGGGCUUCUUGGGGCCAGUGUUGCAGGCUGAGGUGGGAGAUGUCAUCCUUAUCCACCUGAAGAAUUUUGCCACUCGUCCCUACACCAUACACCCCCAUGGCGUUUUCUAUGAAAAGGACUCAGAAGGCUCCUUAUACCCAGAUGGCUCCUCUGGUCAGCUAAAAGCUGAUGAUUCUGUUCCUCCGGGAGGCAGCCACAUUUACAACUGGACCAUUCCAGAAGGCCAUGCACCCACUGAUGCUGACCCAGCAUGCCUCACCUGGAUCUACCAUUCUCAUGUAGAUGCUCCACGAGACAUUGCAACUGGCCUCAUUGGACCCCUAAUCACAUGUAAAAAAGGUACCCUGGAUGGGAAUUCCCCUCCUCAGCGGAAGGAUGUGGAUAAUGAUUUCUUCCUGCUCUUCAGUGUGGUAGAUGAGAACCUUAGCUGGCAUAUCGAUGAAAACAUUGUCACUUACUGCUCAGAUCCUACCUCAGUAGACAAAGAAGAUGAGGCCUUUCAGGAAAGCAAUAGGAUGCAUGGAACUAAGAGUAAUAGGUACCUUUUCCCUCUUUCACCUAUGAGGAAAUUGAGGCUCCGGAAUUACACAAUAGAAAAUCUGCACGCUAAAAUUCCAAUACUGAUCUGUCUGAUUGCACAGGCUGUGCUCUUGCCAUUAGCAAUCAAUGGCUUUGUCUUUGGGAACUUACCAGAUCUAAGCAUGUGUGCACAGAAGCGUGUGGCCUGGCACUUAUUUGGCAUGGGCAAUGAAGUAGAUGUCCACACAGCUUUCUUCCAUGGACAGAUACUGACCAUCCGGGGCCACCGCACUGAUGUGGCUCAUAUCUUUCCAGCCACCUUUGUGACUGCUGAGAUGGUGCCUUGGGAACCUGGCACUUGGUUGAUUAGCUGUCAAGUGAAUAGUCACUUGCGAGGUGGCAUGCAAGCACUCUACAAGGUCAAGUCUUGCUCCAUGACCCCUCCUAUGAACCAACUCACAGGCAAAGUUCGGCAGUACUUCAUUGAGGCGCAUGAGAUUCAAUGGGACUAUGGCCCGAUGGGGCAUGAUGGGAGUACUGGGAAGAAUUUGAGGGAACCAGGCAGUAGCUCAGAUAAAUUCUUCCAGAAGAGUUCCAGUCGGAUUGGGGGCACUUACUGGAAAGUCCGGUAUGAAGCUUUCCAAGAUGAGACGUUCCAGGAAAAGGUGCAGCUGGAGGAAAAUAAGCAUCUUGGAAUUCUGGGGCCAGUGAUCCGGGCUGAGGUGGGUGACACCAUCCAGGUGGUCUUUUACAACCGUGCUUCCCAGCCAUUCAGUAUACAGCCUCAUGGAGUCUUCUAUGAGAAAGACUACGAGGGAACUGUGUACAAUGAUGGCUCAUCCUACCCUGGCUUGGUGGCCAAGCCCUUUGAGAAAGUAACAUACCGUUGGACAGUCCCCUCCCAUGCUGGCCCUACUGCUCAGGAUCCUGCCUGUCUCACCUGGAUGUACUUCUCUGCUGCAGAUCCCAUAAGAGAUACAAAUUCUGGUCUGGUGGGCCCUCUGUUGGUGUGCAAGACUGGUGCCUUGGGUGCAGAUGGCAAACAGAAAGGGGUGGAUAAGGAGUUUUUUCUCCUUUUUACUGUGUUGGAUGAAAACAAGAGCUGGUACAGCAAUACCAAUCAAGCAGCUGCUAUGUUGGAUUCCCGACUGCUCUCAGAGGACGUCAAGGGUUUCCAAGACUCCAAUCGGAUGCAUGCCAUUAAUGGGUUUCUGUUCUCUAACCUGCCCAGCCUGGAUAUGUGCAAGGGAGACACAGUGGCCUGGCACCUGCUUGGCCUGGGCACAGAGACUGAUGUGCAUGGGGUCAUGUUCCAGGGCAACACUGUGAAGCUUCAGGGCAUGAGGAAGAGUGCAGCCAUGCUCUUUCCUCAUACCUUUGUCAUGGCCAUCAUGCAGCCUGACAAUGCUGGGAUAUUUGAAAUUUACUGCCAGGCAGGCAGCCAUAGAGAAUCAGGGAUGAAAGCAGUCUAUAAUGUCUCCCAGUGUCCUGGCCGUCAAGCCGAUGAUCACCAACGAUACCAAGCUGCAAGAAUCUACUACAUCAUGGCAGAAGAGGUGGAGUGGGACUAUUGCCCUGACAGGAGCUGGGAACUGGAAUGGCACAACCAGUCUGAGAAGGACAGUUAUGGUCACAUCUUCCUGAGCAACCAGAAUGGGCUCCUGGGUUCCAGAUACAAGAAAGCUGUAUUCAGAGAAUACACUGAUGGUACAUUCAAGAUCCCUCGGCCAAGGACUGGACCAGAAGAACACUUGGGAAUAUUAGGUCCACUUCUCAGAGGAGAGGUUGGUGAUAUCCUAACUGUGGUGUUCAAGAAUAAUGCCAGCCGCCCCUACUCUGUGCAUGCCCAUGGAGUGCUAGAAUCAAGUACUGGUUGGCCACUGGCUGCUGCACCUGGUGAGGUUCUCACUUACCAAUGGAACAUCCCAGAAAGAUCUGGCCCAGGGCCCAAUGAUUCUGCUUGUGUUUCCUGGAUCUAUUAUUCUGCAGUGGAUCCCAUCAAGGACAUGUAUAGUGGCCUGAUUGGACCCUUGACCAUCUGCCGAAAGGGCACCCUGGAGCCCUAUGGAGGACGUAAUGACAUGGACCGAGAAUUUGCCUUGUUAUUCUUGAUCUUUGAUGAGAACCAGUCUUGGUAUCUGGAGGAGAAUGUAGCAGCCCAUGGGCCCCAAGAGCCAGGCCGUGUUAACCUACAAGAUGAGACUUUUCUGGAGAGCAAUAAAAUGCAUGCCAUUAAUGGAAAGCUCUAUAGCAACCUCGGGGGUCUUACCAUGUACCAAGGAGAACGAGUGGCCUGGUACAUGCUGGGCAUGGGCCAAGAUAUUGACCUCCACACUGUCCACUUCCAUGCAGAGAGCUUCCUAUAUCGGAAUGGAGAGAGCUACCGGGCAGAUGUGGUGGAUCUGUUCCCAGGAACCUUUGAGGUUGUGGAGAUGGUAGCCAGCAACCCUGGGACAUGGUUGAUGCACUGCCAUGUUUCUGAUCAUGUCCAUGCUGGUAUGGAGACCCUCUUUACUGUUUUAUCCCAAAGAGAACACCUAAGCACUAUCACCACCAUCACCAAAGAGAUUGGAAAGGCAACAAUCCUCAGAGACUUUGGAGAAGGAAAUGUGAGGAUGCUGGGCUUGCAGAUCCCUGUGAAGAAUAUUGAGAUGCUGGCUUCUGUUUUAAUUGCUAUGAGUGUCAUUCUCCUGCUCAUUGCUCUGGCUCUUAGUGGUGUGGUCUGGUACCAGCAUCGGCAGAGAAAGCUACGACGCAACAGGAGGUCCAUCCUGGAUGACAGCUUCAAGCUUCUGUCCCUCAAGCAGUAACAGCUGAAUCCUGCAACUGCACACCUUGAAUGCAGUCCCAGAAGGUCAUGCUCUACUAACUGACCCCACUGUCAAAAGCACAUGGAUGGUAGAGAGGCAGAGGAGGGAAUCAGACUCAUCUGAGCAUUUAUUCAUUUAUUUAUUUACAUGGAAAUUAUGUACUUUCUUUCUCUUUAUUUUUUUUUCUCCACUUGGGCAGCUGGGGCAAGAAAGUCCCCUCGUAUCCUAUAUUACAAAUUUCAGCAGCUGGAUUAUAUCAACCACUGACACUUGGAAGAUCUGGAAAUUCCUAAUAACUGAUUCUUCUUGCAAAGUAGAUACCAAGGGUAAAACUCAUUGAUUAGGUUUCUGUUGCUUUUCAGGACAUAGGCAAGUUCACUCCGAACCAAGGUUAAGUGAGCUGUGAAAAUAAUCCACAUCUAAACUAAGGACUAAGAAAAUGGGCGUGAUGGAGAAUGGAUGGGGGGGGAUUUGAAGAUCAAAAAUUUAUUUUGAUUCUCCUUAGGAAUAAACUAUCUUGGAGAAGUGGGUAGAUGGAAUAUUGUUGCUAUGAGUACCUGCAACCCCUGGAGCCAGAAGCUCCUCAGGAAGUUAAUCCUCCAUGUUUCUGGCACAGUUUCACUAAAGGGAAUGUUGGGUGUCCUUUCCAUAUUUCAGGCAACAAAUCCUAUACAUUCAACUACUUGGUAGAAGACCAUAAGUGUGAACAUGGUGUUUUUAAUGAUCCCUGUGGCCUCUGGGAGUUUGUGCCCAUUAUUGAAACAAAGAGCACUCACUGGGGAGAGUGUAAUAUGGGUCUGUUUAUCCUAUUUGUGGAGCCUGUGUGUUUGUGUUUUAGAAGUGGAAAAGGUGUCUUAGAGUGGUGGCUAUCAUCUUUUAACCCAUAGGUGCCAAAAUAUUUUGAAUUCUAAGAAAAUUUUCUAGAUGGAAAUAGAGGGCUGAGACAAGGCUUAAACCUGUCCACUGGGCAAGGAGAGGUGGGCACAAAUCUCAUGGGGUCCUUGGCAUUUGGGGGUAUAAGAGGUAUUUUUGAAAUUUGGGGAGCUUUUUAAUAGGACAGAAUCCUUCUCUCGGGUACCCUAAAGCAGUAUUCCUUGUCACCUGUAAGUUCAUGCCUCUCUGAAACCUUGGUCAGAGACCACAGGCAAGAUAUAAAAGCAGGGGGCACCUGGGUGGCUCAGUUGGUUAAGCGACUGCCUUCGGCUCAGGUCAUGAUCCUGGAAUCUCGGGCCCCCUGCUCAGCAGGGAGUCUGCUUCUCCCUCUGACUCUCUUCCCUCUUGUGCUCUCUAUCUCUCAUUCUCUCUCUCUCAAAUAAAUAAAUAAAAUCUUUUAAAAAAAGAUAUAAAAGCAGGGAUGAAAUAAGAUGACCCACCCUCACUAUAAUAUCCGUAAUACUAUUUUACAUGGCAAGAGGAGAACAGAAGACAUAGAGGCAGAAUGAAGAUAAUAACUGAAAUAUGCUUUAUACUUUAAAAAGCAUCUAAUAUCUGAUUGCAUUUGACUUGUUUUAGUUCUAUCAGGGUGAUACUUUGUUUUAUAUUUGAAUAAACAAAGGAUCAGAUAGAGUAAUUUUACCCAAGGCCGUUCAGCUAGAAGUUGAGCAAGGAUUCAUGUCUUAAUCUGUUUGACUCCAAAUACCUGUUUUCAUUCUGGUAUAUCAUGGAAACUUCCAUUGACUGCAAUUUUCCUGUCUUCUUAGACAACCUGUCUCCCUACUUAGGUAUCCUUUGCAGAUCAAAUGUAGAAACCCCCCAGGAUGGUAUUCAGUUGCCAUAUAAUGUUGAAGGUUGAAGGAGAAAACACAGUCCAGAGCUUAUUAUUUAUCUUGGCUUACAGCGGUCAGUGAGUGAUUUCUGGACACCUUUACUGGAAAUCACAGACACAUAACAGAGGAAGAAAAUGAUGGAAAGUUUAAAUUGCUAGUUAUAAAAUCAAAUGAUAGCGUAUUUAAGCCAUUGCAUAAUCAAUACCCCUUAACAGCAAAACUUUUUGUCCUAUUGUUAAAUGUGGAGGAUAUUGAAAACCCAGUGCACACUGGGGACUCUAUAGUUAAUGGCUAUGAUUUGCAUGCAACUGGGAGGUUGUUUGCUUGGUCAUGGUCAUGAAUAUGAGACAAGGAAGAAGUAGGUGGAAUGGGGUUACAUUUCUUCUGAGUGUGUAACCCUGCUUCAGAUCAGGAAAUGUAAACCUAAGCCCAUGUAUUUCAAAAAGGGAUGUAUUUUUAUGGUGGGUUUGCUCCCAGUGGGGAUGUAGGAGAUGUUUUUGACAAUUAAGUGACACUUCCAUUCAUUCAGUUGAUCAAGCCAGAAAACCCCAAAGUCAACAUAUUGGUGAGUCUUGCCUGUUUUGUCUCCUAAAUUGCUGUAACUGAUUAAUUUGUUCUAUCUUUACUACUACCACCCAGUAUAAAAAAAACAACCAUCUUUUACCUGGACUAGAGUGGUAGACUCCUGAUCACGCUCCUCGCAUCUAAUUUAGCCCCUUACAUUUUGUUCUUCAUGCAGAAAAAUGAUGUUUAAAAAUAUGUUAGGCUUACAGUUCAGAUGAGAUGCCACAAACUUAUCUCUCUUUAGAGAUAAGCACUGUAAAUAAUAAAAGAGACAAUAGAAGGAAUAAAAAAGAUGAAAAGGAGAAGGCAAUCUGGAAAAGAACAGAGCAACAAAGCAACUGGGCAUCUUCCUAACACCCAACCUAGCAGAACACAGCCCAAGAUCAAAGAGGAAUCCUAAUGAAAACCCCAGAUGGACCUAGAGGCACAAAGAGAGAUUGAGGUGGAUCCCUGCUGACAUCGAGUAGCCAGGAAAGCCGGUCAUCAUCUCUUUUGGCCAGAGACCCCCCUUUCUUAUUUAGGCACUGGGAAGAACCUGCAAGGGGAAUCUCAACAUAACAAGCUGCCCAGCCCAGGAAGCACUCUUUUGCUGCAAGCUGGAGAAUCCCUUUCACUACCCAGAGAAAAUAAGUGGCUCUGUCAGUGAUCAACAGAAGCACCAGAGAAACCAAACAAAACAAAAUACCACAACAAAGUCUCUGAAAAUUACAUUGUUACUGGAACAUAAAAUUAUGCCAGGACCCCACAUUGGCCUAGAGCCUACUUAAAAAAAGGAAUGAUAAAAAGAGCAGUUUCAUUUUGCCCAUAUCGCAACUAGGCCAGUCUGGCACAGUGUCCCAUGGAGAGGACCUCUCUGGGCCUAUGUUUUUUCCAGUGGAAGAAAAAAGUGCAAAGUGAACAUCUAGUUAUCCCAGAGUUGUGAUGUUUCCUGGGGGGCCCACUCAGGUCCCACCUCAUGAGGAUUACUGGGAGAUCUUCAGGGCUGAAACACUGGGGAUCAGAUACAGACAUAGAAUUGGUGUUGGAUUUGUAGUAACCAGUACUUAGACAUCAGUGGACCCUAUUCCUACUUGUAGCAGUACUCAAGCAGAGAUUCUAUCCAACAGCUCUACUCAUCUGAAGAGCCAAGCGGUGGCCCUGUCUGUCCAGUGAGCUAAGUUGGCAGUUCGGCUUGAAUUGGGUGUCUAGCAUACUGACUAUGGAACUUAUUCUAAUGCCCCACCUGAGCAAGAAAGCAAACUUACAGCCCUACCCAACUGCUGAGCAUAGCCCCCAGUUCAUGCCAGAGAACCUGGGAAGUUGAGGAAUCAAUUCUAACACCCCAUUCAGGCAGGGAAACAAGACAGCAGCCCUGCACAUUUGGUUUUUAUUUUAUUUUUUUUAAUUUUAAUUUUAAUUCAAGUACAGUUGACAUAGUGUUUUAUUAGUUUCAAGUGUACAAUAAUGAUUCAGCAAUUCAAUACAUCACUCAGUGCUCAUCAU